AUGAUUAACAAUGAAGCAUCAUCGAGUAUCAUUGAUGAUCCGAAAACGAUGGAAACGUCAGUUGUUACUCGACAGGUGCAAAGACCACCCAUGUCUGACGAAUCAAUACAUGGUCACGUCCCAAUGUUAAUGGAAGGAGACCGAAUGGAAGCCGACGAACUAUUUACAGCACCGAACAAGUUUUAUGACGAACAACGUCAUUCGUCGUCAGAGCGUAUUCGGUGUACACAAAUGUUUUUAAACGACGAAGGAAAAGAAUGGUAUGAACAAAACAGAGCCGAAAUCAAAGACGAUUGGUUAUCUUUCUGUGAUCGAUUGAAGCAACAUUUACAAAGCGGUCGACCGAUUCGUACACGUUCCUCACCACCAAGUGAAAACAUAUCAGUGCACAAUGAAGAUAAGUGUACAUUGGUGUUAGCGUCAUGGGUUGUUACUACACGACGCUAUCGUUUGACAUAUCUAUGUGCACAAGUAACGCUCGUCUAG